GUGUGUGGGCUGUCUGCCUUCCUCUCUCUUCAUUUCCUGAAUCCCGCUCCUCUGAUUUACAGCGACAUGGGAACCGAGCGCGCAGUGAGGAGCUGAUACCUGGAGAAUGACGACUGAAGCUCAGCUCUGACCUCCUGCGUUCUGACAUCAUCCACCAAUGGGCUGAGGCGGCGUGGGCGGGGCCAGGAUGAGUGCCGAGCUGCUAUUGGAGGAGACGCUCAUCAAGCGUUCGCAGCAGAAGAAGAAGACGUCGCCGCUGAACUACAAGGAGCGACUGUUUGUCCUCACCAAGAGCAGGCUGACGUACUAUGAUGGAAGAGCCGAGAAGAAGUUCAGGAGAGGCUCGAUCGAGCUGAGUCGAAUCAGGUGUGUGGAGAUCGUCAAAAACGGAGGAGGAAUCAUCCCCUGCCAGAACAAAUACCCGUUUCAGGUGGUGUAUGAUAACAUCACCCUGUACGUGUUCGCUCCGAGCCAUGACAGCCGGAGUCUGUGGGUCCAGAGCCUCAAAGAGGAGAUCAAAGACAACCCUGUGAUCUUGGCCAAGUUUCACCCUCAGUUCUGGCAGGAAGGGGCGUGGCUCUGCUGUCGCCAGGCGGAAAAACAGGCUCCGGGCUGCGAGGAGUACAACCUGUUUGGAGACAUUUCCAGAAAACCUUUACCCCCGAUUCCUGGAGAGAAGCGGCGGCCCCCUCCUCCCGUCCCUCCGUCUGGCACCAAUGACGAUGAUGACUGUGACGGUGAUGAUGAUGAUGAUGAUGAGGAGGAUGAAGAGGAGAUGGUGGUGGCGCUGUACGACUUCCCGGGUGCAGAACCACACGACCUGAGUCUGGUGAAGGGAGACGAGUACGUCAUUCUGCAAAAGUGCGACAUCAACUGGUACAGGGCGCGCAACAAGUACGGGGUACAGUAAAAACGUCAACAGGAACAAGGCAGAAGAGCUGCUGAGGAAGGAGGACAAAGAAGGAGCCUUCAUCGUCAGAGACUCAAGCACUGCAGGAGCUUACACCGUGUCUCUGUAUACAAAGUCCGCUGCAGGGGAGGGAGGCGCAGUAAUAAAACAUUACCACAUCAAGGAGACACAAGGCUCGCCUAAACAGUUUUACCUGGCAGAGAAACACUUGUUCAGCUCUAUCCCCGACCUGAUCGAGUACCACAAACACAACGCGGCAGGUCUCGUUACCAGGUUGAGGUAUCCUGUAGGGAAACAGGACAAGUCUGCUCCGUCCACCGCUGGUUUCAGCUAUGAAAAGUGGGAGAUCAACCCCAGCGACCUGACCUUCAUGAAGGAGCUGGGCAGCGGUCAGUUCGGUCUGGUGAGGCUCGGCAAGUGGAGGGCUCAGCACAAAGUGGCCAUCAAGGCCAUCAGAGAGGGGGCCAUGUACGAGGAGGACUUCAUUGAGGAAGCAAAGGUCAUGAUGAAACUGUCUCACCCUAAACUGGUGCAGCUGUACGGCGUGUGCAGCCAGCACAAGCCCAUCUACAUCGUCACAGAGUUCAUGGAGCACGGCUGCAUGCUGAACUUCCUCAGGCAACGGCGAGGCAGCUUCAGCCUGGGGUGCUUGCUGAGUAUCUGCCUGGACGUUUGCGAGGGCAUGGAGCACCUGGAGGCCAACGGCUUCAUCCACAGAGAUCUGGCUGCCAGAAACUGUCUGGUGAAUGACUCUCUGGUGGUGAAGGUGUCCGACUUUGGCAUGGCCAGGUACGUGUUAGACGACCAGUACACCAGCUCAUCAGGUGCUAAGUUUCCUGUGAAGUGGUCGCCUCCUGAAGUCUUCAACUUCUGCAAAUACAGCAGCAAGUCAGACGUCUGGUCCUACGGUGUGUUGAUGUGGGAGGUUUUCACAGAGGGUCGUAUGCCAUUCGAACAGAGCCAGAACCACGAGGUGGUUACCUUGGUAACCAAGGGUCACCGUCUCUACAGGCCUAAACUGGCCACGCCCUCCAUCUACGACACCAUGCAGCUCUGUUGGUGCGAGAGACCGGAGGAGCGUCCGUCGUUCUCUCAGCUCUGCCUGAUGAUCUCCGACGCCCUGGAGGGUGACACCCCUCCCCCAAACUGAUCAACUGACCAAUCAGCUGCUUCCACCAUUCACGUCAUCUGUGGCGGCCACGUUUGACCCACAACUCCCGUACGGCGGUUGUUGUAUAACUUGCAGCACGAGGACAACAUGGAGAACGUGGAGUGAUACAGUGUCUGGAACUGACCAAUCAGGAGGAGCGGACGGACCAAUCACAACAACUGUAGUCCACCCAGCCACCGAUCACAUUUGUUUUAUCCAAUCAAGUCACUCAAACGUCGCUUUUACAGCUGUUAAAACUGAAGCUGCGUUCACAACACAAACUGCUGCUCACGUUGGAUCCUGUUUUAGGAGGAUGUCCGUGCCUUAAAGUCAGUGUUAAAGAGAACAGUGUCCGGUAUCAAAAGCAUAUCAAGAUCUGAAGCUUAAUUUUCCUUCCAGUAAGGACUCGGUUAUGUGAAUUGUUUCUGUAACUUUAAGGAAUCUCAACAGGUGUUUAAUUGUUUUUGUUUUAUUCUAAUUUCUGACAAAUUUAGCUGCAGUGCAAAUCUGUUUUUACAUCAUUUUCUUCACUGCAUUAAUAUUAAAAGUACUGUAGAGAGAAAGUAAAUGAAUUGGGUGAUAUUAAACUUCUGAUUGCAUCAUAAUGAAAAAGAACACUUUCAGUUUCAUUAAAAAUUAGCUUAAUAUUAAUGAUAGUAACUUGAAUUUAUUUAUUUAUUUAUUUUUCUGAUAUUUUUUGGGCGUUUUUGUUAAUAGGACAGCUGAAGAUAGACAGGAAAGGGUGGUGGGGCAACAACAAAGGGCCGCAGGUCAGAAUCAAACCCGAGCCACUGCAGUAAGGACUCUGGCUACAUGGGGCGCACACUCUACCAUGUGAGCUGCCAUGAGCCUCUUAACUUGCAUUUAUAUAGGGCCUUUUAAUGUACUGCACAUUAACCGGAGUACAGACGUCUGUUGCACGUGGGUUGAGUGCAGGUUAACCUCUCACUAUGUUUGCUACAUUAUGCCGAACAGGGGAAAGUUGCCCAACGUGACCACAAAUUCACAAGCUUUGCAGAUUUUGGCGUAAUAUGAUGGAAAAUACCACAAAAAAGGGAAAUACAGCUUCAGCAAAGAGAGCGAAACUACUUAUAACUGUUGAAGACGAGACAUGUUAAAGGCUGAACCUGAACAGUCUAUUGGUAUGUGAUGUUAAAGGGCAGAAAAGAUAUGUUUAUUUAUGUAUAUAUAUGUAUACUGCCUCUCAGAAUGGGUAACAUGUCCCACACAAACAUACUCUUUGGCCCACAUUUGGUGUGUUGAGAUCUGGUUCCCCUAUUUACAGGAGAGGAUUUUGCAUGAAAUGUGGGAGUUGACUGGGAGCCAGUGGAGGUGGAUGGGGGUGGGGUUGAUGGACUCUGCACAUACUAGAGCCUGUUUAGGGAUUUGCUGGGAACCCUGGACAGGACUCCAUUGCAUAAGACCAGGGGGAAGUGAUGAUGAAAGCACAAAUCAAGUAUCAACUUUGAGUAAUGGGAGUCUAGCAGCUCUGUGAGGUUGUAUUUAGCUUUGAGAUAAAUGCUAUUGUAUUUCAGACAGAAGUAGACAAAAGCAGCUUUUCAUUUCCAGACUAAUCAGUGAUUUUGCCUUUUGUUUUUUUACAAGUUUUAAAACACUUGAUGGGUUCAUACAAAAAGCUAAAAGUCUAAAGAGGUGAAGUUAAUUGUUCAAACUUUAGCUGUAGAUUAUUCCUCUUUGUACAUACAGACUUCUCCUCUCCUAUCUAACUGUCAGUUCAUGGUUCUUCUUUGUCAGGUUAACCACACCAUUUUAAUUUCACAGUUCGCUUUAUGCAAAGUGUAUGUGAGUAUCUUCUAAUGUCUUUUUUCAAGAUAAAACACAGCACAUUUUAAAGUGGCCUAUUGUUGUGACCAGGCACACCUGUGUCAGUUUCAUGCUGUUUAAUCUGCAUCUUGAUAUAACAAACCUGUCUGGGCAAAGGAGCAGUGCUCACUAAUAUGGAAUUUAACAACUUUGUGAACUACAUUUGAGAUAAAUAAAAAAAAAUGUGUGUGCAUAA